AUGGGUGACGAAAUAGUACUGUGGGCAUUGCGAUCCAGCCUUGGUGGCAGACACAGAGUUGGCGUGAAUUUGGUGAGAGCAACAGACAACGAUGCCGGCAAAAACGCUGUAAUCAAAUAUCGCAUUGUAUCAGUAAGUGACGGAGCGUACAACAAUUUUCGAUAUGACAUCGCUUCACAUCAGCUGAUCGCCGUCGGGCAUCUGAAAGUCGGAACACAAUAUCAGGCACAAUAUUUGAUUAUUAGCGUUAUACUAGAAGCAACAGAUGCUGGAGGCCUAUCAAGCCAAGCACUAGUUAUUGUACGCGCAGUACUUGAUAAUUCCCAAAAUAUCGCAGUACCGGAACACCAUUCGUCGGCAGCUGCAAAUACGCGAACUCAUAUAGCUGCUGGCUUGCCAAAUUCGUUCAUUUCGGAUCCGCAGCAUGCCUCAAGCCCGUCUGAGAAUGUUGGCUCAUCCGAAACCGUUCAGACUUAUGUGACCGAAAUAAGUGAAGCUACUCCACCUCAUUCUAUCAUUGUCACGCUCGGGGAUGAAUCAAUGAAGGAAAAAAUGUAUUUUACAAUCACUGGCGGAAAUGAAGAGAAAAAGUUCGCCAUCAAUAGCGAAACCGGCACUCUGAUAACAGUGAACACAUUUGAUCGAGAAGAAACGGCACUUUACAGUUUACAAAUCGAGGCUCGCUCACUGAAUCCAGAUCAGCAUUUGUACUGGAGUGUUGUUCAAAUUGCUAUCCUGGUAGCUACUUAUUAA